AAGUGACUUUUGACAACGCCGUUGAGCAGAGGAGGUCGGGGUAGGUACAGUCUAUUCGGUAUCACAGCCUCCGGAUCUGCCCUUUCCAUGAACAUCUGUGCCGCUUCUGCACGAUGAGCAUGCCAAUCAUGUCCAGACAUCCUUGUUCACGAACCGUGCAAUGCGCGUCUGGCCAAAAUGACCCCGCGGCUGGCAAACAUCUACGCAGAAAACAGUACGUCAUUGCUUACUUCGUGUACGGCGUACCCACCUUUAUGUGUUCACAACCCUUUGACCUCGACCUACAAAACCACCUUCCCACCUUCUGGCCUCCCAUCUUUAUUCCACCUCGAGACUAUCCUGAACAAAAGAACGCUGAACGCACUUAUAACAAUCAACCAGUCGAGAAAGAACAUACCAAACUCAAAUCCCAAACCCUAAAUUCACAAGCCUUCGACACAAAAAUGUCGGACAACAACAACAACUCUGCACAGCAGCCCAAGCAAGCCGGUGGCUUCUUUGGUGGUCUCAGCAAUGCAGCUGGUGGACUUGCCUCUGGUGUUGGAGGUGUAGCAUCAGGCACUGUAAACACUGUCGGUGGAGUCGUUGGCAAUGUCGGACGUGGUGUUGGCAAGACUUUGAGUGAUGCUUCCAGUGGAUUGGAGAACACCGCGAAGGGAGCAGGUGGAGCCAUUGGUGACACUACGGGUGCUAAGAAGCAGCCUGAGACUAAGUGAAGAGCUAGUCUGCUUAUGAUGUCUUACGAUGGAAGGUAUCUCUCAGGUUGCUAUUGAAGAGAGAUUACUAUAUGGGAACAACCAUAAUGACAUUUUGCGUCUGCCGCGGGCUGCUGAUCGUUACAAAGAUGGAUGUUCGUCUGAUCGUCCGGGGCACCCUG